AUGGCAAUGAAGAUCAUCAAAAACCAUGUAAGAUCGAUAAGCUUACCUUCAAGAUCUCAUCCCAGCACCGCAGCGAUCGAGGAAUCGCUAGACAAGUAUCUUAUGAUCACUACGAACACGAAGACAGUAACGUCAUCUGAAUCGGUUAACUCCGGUUUAGUGGGGCUAGAGGAUCUUUACGAUUGUACGGAGGAGUGUCUGAAGAUGGGUUCCACGCGAAAUGUGUUGUCAUUUAAUGCUGAGAGGAAGAAGAUGAAGGGAGAGUUUAUGGAGGAAAUGCUUGAUGGGUCGUUGAGGCUAAUGGAUAUAUGCAACGCCUCUAGAGAUCUCAUGGUUGAGACUCAUGAGAAAGUUCUUGGUCUUCAAACUUGUGUUAGGAGAAGGAAAGAUGUCGAUCUCUCGGGCUAUGUCGGGUUUAGGAAGAACAUGAGGAAAGAAGCGAGGAAGCUUCUUGGAUCCUUGAAGAACAUUAAUAUAGGGUUAGUAAUGAGAGAUAAUGAUCUUGAUCAAGAACGUGAUGUUCAUUUCUUUGCCGUGAAUCACGCUAUGAGACGUGUUGUUUCAAUGACGGUUUCGGCGUUGAAGUCGUUCUUGGAGUUCUUGUCGGGUCGACAAAACGGAAACGAUAUAAGGAGCAAGUUGGCUUUGGUCCUAAUGAAGAAGAAGUUUCAUGAUUACGAUAAGAUAGUCAAAAACGAGUUGGAGGAUGUAGAUUCAGCUAUAUCCGGAGAUUCUUGCUCUCAAGAGGAACUUCAUACGAAGCUUGAGGACCUUGAGGUAUGGAUUGGCAGGUUUGAGAAAAGUCUAGAAGGUUUAUUUCGAAGGUUGAUUAGAACACGGACCUCGCUUCUCAACAUCAUUUCUCAAUAG